GUUUGGAACUCUUACAUGAUAGAUGCGUGACGACUGCUAGUUCGUCCCAUGGAUGACCUCUGGAGCCCUGAACCUUCUCGGGGUAAGCCCCCGUUGCUCGACCCGGAGCUGGAGAAUGAAGGGCAACAACGACAACGGGUAUCUCGUCCUAAUGCUGCCGCACGCCACUCGAAACGCUUGACACUCAAUUUUCCUAUCACCACACCCCCCGUUUCGUCUGAUCUGGCCUCGCCGUCCACACACAUCAUGUCGCCACUCGCCAGUUCCUCGACGUUUCCCUCCCCGGGUCGAUCCUCAACCGCAACCCCAGCGUUGAGUGAACCCGUCGAUGAAGGAUACAUGUUCCUAACCGCUCUUGCGGCCCAGGAGAGAAAGGUGCUGGAGCUAAGAGAAGAACUUCAAAAGGCUGAAGCCGAACUUGUGAGCCUAAAAAAACAGUGGGCUAUGGGGGAGAAAGGAAGGAGGAGGACCGAGAUCGUCCAUCACGCAGAAGUGAUGAAACCCCUCAAGACGCCGGCUGAUGAACCGACUGCGAACGGUAUCGAUCCUGAACGAGCCGCGCCUUCUGACCUUACCAAAGUCGCAUUGCAGACAAGAAUGAGUCGCGAGCUGGAUAGAAGGAAUACCUUGAGGCAGUUAACCCAGCAAUAUCCUACCGGAAAUGGCUCCAUUUCAUCCGGACGUCCGCGAACGGUUUUUCAAAGUUCUCGUCACGUCAGAACUCUCUCGUUGCUGUCCCCUAACGGGCUGGAACCUCUAUCCCUCGGAACGAAUACCAGUUCGUCGCGAAACCCUCAGCUUGUUAGAGGAUCCAGUCACCCCAGAUCUGCCACUCUUCCUUCCCUUGAUCGCGACGACCCGAAAAAUGCCGAAGGUGCUAUCUCUACGGCCAGAAUAAAAAUGCAAGAUGAGCGGAAUUUAUGGCGGCGUUCAUUGCCAAUGACUCAAGAUGGGACCGCUGAGACGCUGAUGCGCACUGGGAAGCAGAUGGCGUCGGAUUUCAAAGAUGGAUUAUGGACAUUCUUGGAGGAUAUCCGUCAAGCUACGGUUGGCGAAGAAGGAAUCAAUGCGACAGAGUCAAGGUCCAUGUAUGCAGUCCAUCGUUCAUCGUCUCGUCCGUCUCGACGGACCGGUAUGGACGCUACUGCAAGUCGAGAACAGUCCGUGGGAUCGUCGACCGCCGCCAGGCCUGCUACAUCGAAGAAGAUACCGGAGGCUAGGGCAUCCGUUUCGAAGCAGGAAGACGUCUCCUUCUGGAGUGAAUUCGGCAUUGACCCUCCCGAAAAGCCCAAAGCAAGUUACAGUUCUUCCAAGAAUAAGGGUGGAAAGCAGAAUGCUAAAGAGUCCAAUCUUUUGGAUGUGGAUGAUAACUGGGAUGUAUGGGAUACCCCUCAACCCAAAACCCAUACUCCAUCGUCAAGCAGUUCCACAUUCCCUUCUUCCAGGCGAGACCCAUCGCCUUCGACGGGGGCAAGCAGUCCUCGGACAAGUGCAAGACCUUAAAACCAUCGAAAUUGAAAAUGGCACCGACAGUGCUCCAUCUGACAGUAUUCCAUGGCCGGCGUUAACGAAGCUCCGGCCUUCGAAUUUAACACGGACAGCAUCGAGUUUGAUGGCCGAGUGGGAGCGGAGCCUAUCGCCCUCUCCGUGUCCUUCUCCCUCCAAUGAGGCUGAAUACAAAGACCUUAAAAACGACUGAAAGUCAGAAAGCCACCCGCCAAUGGUUACAUGACGCGCUAUGUUUUUUUAAGAUACCCAUCUGACAGCCUCAAUGCACCUACAAUAAUGAGAUCGCAAAUAUGACACACAUGUUUGGCUGCGCCUUUUACUUGCCACUUAGCAGAUAUAUCUUCCCUUCUUGCAAUUGUCACAGGACCCCUGGAUGACAUAAUGAUGCCGACAUGUAUAUUGCAUAAUAUUGUUGAUUUUUUUUUUCCUAAUCUUUUUUCUGGUAUAUUCUUGGGCUAUUCUAGUCAAUGACUUCAGGGAUGAAUGUCCAGUAGCCAUUAUAUAUUUUGACCAUAAUGUUGACUUCUUGGGUAGAUGGACAUUGGGUGUGUGAUGGAA